CUGAGAAGAGGAAGCCGGGGCACUUUGGGAUCUGAGCCAAUGACCUGUAGGAGGAGAGAAGCAGCGUAGAGGCUAAAUUAAAAUGGGGCUGCAGAUCUGCGUACCUGCUGACUGUGUGUCUGAGGGCGGUUCGCUGAGCCUGCAACCAUGCCAGACGUAAAGCCUCCACCGCCAUGUGACUACCCCUCCACCUCCUCCGCCGCAGCCUCUGCCGGCUCACCUGCUGGCUGUACCUCCUCCCUCGACCUCAUCAUAGACAUGGAGCCCUGCAUCACCAACCUCCCCCUGUCCCCCGACCCCUUGUCAUCCUUCCCCCGCCACAGACCCAGCGCCCCCCACCACCCUGGCCUUCAGGGGCCUCCAUUCCCGCUCAUGGCCAGGUGUAACAGCAGCACUCUGCUCACUAACCUGGGGCUAAGGCACUGCUCUGGCAGGCAGGGCCCUCCAGGGAUGGUGCCAGGACAGGGGCUCGCUCCGGGCUCUUGCAUCCAAACAGGAAGCAACAGCAGCCGGCCUUACAGGAGUAUGGAGAACCUGAACUGGAACACUGUGUCUGAUUCAGGCCUGUACACAUUCAGUGCUGCUCCUUACAGGCGUGUGGACAGUGAGUUUAUUUUGCGCUACACCUCCACUAGCCACUGGUAUGAUGGACCUCCGGAUGGAUCUUUGGUGGGGGCCCAUGGACUGGUGCCUAACACAGAGAGCCUGGCAUUCUACCCUCGACAUGGGCUCCCCAGGAAGGAUCUACCACUCUUCCCUCAGUUGCUAUUCCCUGGUGGUGUCGAUGAAUGGGAUGCAAGGAAGGGCUUGAGGGACAAACUCCGCCUUCAGAGUGCAAGGUCAGCAGUAGAGCCUGUGAAGACCCUCCCAUUGAGGCCUCAGAUGACCCCUGGUACUGCACCUAUCGAACGGGAAGGGGUGCCUCAUGUGAAUUCAACAGGUGCUGGAACCAGGCCACUGUGCACAAUGCGCAUCAGCUGCCCUGAGGAGAUUAAGCAGGAGGUCUUGAGGCGCCUGCAGCUAAGGCGGCAGAACAGCAGCCCCAACCUGGCUCUCCACAGCUCCCCAUCCAGCCCGAAAGUGGUUAAAACAUCCUACACAACAGACAACAUUGCUGGUAACAGGAGUGGACCAGAUUCUUCAUCCGAAUGCCACAGACCUCCUGUAGGACGCCUAUAUAUCCCCACCUUCGAAGAGUUUAAGAGGAUGAGGCAGAAGGGGGAGGAACAGAACCAGGAGUCCACAGCAGGUUCUGUGGUAUCUGGAAAACCUCAGACACACCUGCCACAAGACGCAGGAGCAUCAGACAAGUUACCUUCUGAUUGGACUGGCCCUCAGCUGGUCUCUAGUGGAGGAGACAAAGAGCAGAGAGGAGACUCGGAGGAGGCGGAGGGAGACAAGAGCACAGGUGAAAGGACAGGCAGCAGUGACCAAGGCCUGCCGACCCAACCCCCCUGUAACACUGUGAGCAGUAACAGCACUGCAGCCCCCGCCUCCUCCUCCUCCACCACCUCCGUUACCAGCACAUACUCUCCAAUCCGCACAGGCCCAUCUCCACGUCCCCCACUGCAGCCCCUGGCCAGCUCAACCCAGGAGAAAGCCCCCGCUGCAGGGGUAGAAGAAGGUAGCAGCAGGCGCAGGAGGAGCAGUCUGGAACCAGCUGGGUCAGUUCCCUUCCCGCCCAGCAGGGAGAACUGGGAACGUCCCUCCAGCUGCUGCCCAGCUCUCCUUCUGGAGGGGACGGACUUGUCCAGCUACGGAGCCAAGAUUUAUAAGAUGAAGGAUGGCCUCAUUGGCUCUGCACUUGACCUUAUCAAGAAGAGCUGCAGUGCAGAGAUCUCCGCCGAGGCCCCCGUCAGGCUGUCAGGUGACCGGGACGGAGGCUGUGACAUCACCGCCCCCUCGACCGACUGUCAGCCCUCCGCCGUUGCCAUGGCAACGUCGGCAACGGCCUGCGGAGCUGAGGCUGGCGACGAGACGCCUGCAGGAGGAGGAGAAGGAGGAAGAGAGGAAGCAGGAGAAUGCCACACCGGUCUGGGCUGCAGGCGCUCCAGCUCGGACGCAGCCUAUGAGCUGGCUGAGACUGUGAGGGCGCAGCGUGAGUGUCGCCUCCGGCCCCACUACAGCGACCCCAUGCCAGCCGACGCCUCCAAGCGCAAACAGCUGGAGAUGAAGAUUGCUGCCGCCGCCCGACUCCACGGCCAUCGCCGAGACAGAGACAGAGACCGAGACAGUGCUCCAGCAGCAAUUCGUGGUCGCUCAGAGCCCCCAGGUGAGGAGCGGCAGGCGGGUCUGGGUGUGACUCGCACAGGGCAGCAUCGCUGGAGCACCAUCAGCAGCCUGAGCGCUGACAGCGGUGUGGUGGGCCUCAGUGAUGAGCGGGAGGAGGAGGACAGCGAGCCUCGCCGUUACCGCCGCAGCCGAGGAGCUGAGGUGGAAAGGGUAGACAGCGGCAUCGGCCCGGGCCUGUCCCGCACCUGGAAGAGACCGUCUGCCUCCCUCCGAGCCUGGGAGGCGCAGAGACCCUGUCCGGACUGUGGCCAGAGAGACGGGGCCUCCAAGGAGCGAGGAGAGAGCAUGUGUGAACGUUGCUCCAAGCUGCGCACCGAGCGCAAGGAAGCCAUCCUGGAGUUUCUGAACACAGAGUCGAGCUACGGGGAAGACCUGCGGAUCAUCAAGGAGGAGUUUUACUGCCCCAUGCAGAGCGCCGGGCUGCUGACAGCUGAGCAGCUCACUGUAGUGUUUGGUAACGUUCAGGAGCUGAUAGACGUCAAUGACCGCUUCACUGAACACCUGCAGGACAGCAUCGACCAAGCCUUUGACCAGGGAGAUGAGGAUCUGCUGACCGUGUACAUAGGAGAGAUCUUUCUGGAGUUCGUCAACAUGCUGCCCGCCUUCCAGACCUACUGCCUGCAGCAGUCCACCUCGGUCAACAUGCUCAACACACUGGAGAAGGAGAAAGAACUGCUCAGAAUCUUCCUGGAUGUUUCCCAAAAUGACAACACAGCACUGCGUCGUAUGAACUUGCGCUCCUUCCUCAUGGCGCCCCUCCAGCGUGUGACUAAAUACCCGCUUUUGUUGAGCCGAAUCAUCAAGGUCACUCCUGAAUGUCACCCCGACUAUGCACGUCUCCGUGAGGCCAAGAGUCGUGUGGAAUCCCACCUGGAGCACAUCAACAUGAAGACCAAGCAGGAGGGCAACGGCGUCACCUGGUCCCUCCGCUCUUUCCGCCGCGACAGCCGUAAGAACCGGGAGGUCAUCAACAUCGAGAUGCGAGAGGUAUCGAUGAAGACUGUUGGCUGGGCGAGAGAGCACACACGCUUUGUCAUGGAAGGACCGCUCCAGUUGUCCCAGCCAGCAGAUGGCCAAUGGGUGAAGAAGGGCAGCAAGGCCCUCAAGUUCCAAAAUGUCCAGAGUCUUCUGAUGGUGAGGACACAGCGGGCCGGUGAAGGCCCGGGACAGGGCACCGACCUAGGGGCUCGGGGGGAUGUGGUGGAGGGCUGUGGAGAAAGCAUCCGAGAUGGAGUGCUGGUUCUAAUCAAGGACAAGAGCAGUGGAAAGUUCACAGUACUGAGAGAGCCCAUCCGCUUGGGGAACUGUGUGGUGUCAACGGACCCAGAAUGUGAGGACACGUUCGAGGUGCUCGAUAUUCGGCGGGAGUCCUUUGUUUUUCGCGCCUCGGACAAAUCUCGCACCCAGCAGUGGUUCCAUCAGAUAAAGAGAUACACUCGGGACUUGGGCACCUGGAGGAAAAGACGCAACGCUUUGCCCAACAUCAUGAUCAACACAAACCAGACCCGCUCCUGAGACUAACCAUCCCCACCACCUUUGUUACACUGUAAAUAACCUGAAUACUUCUACUGCAAAAAUAAACUGACAACAAGAAGCAUUUCUGAGCAACACCACUGUUACAGCUUGUCAGAUUUCGGUGAAAAAAAAUCUUUCUCAAAGUCUCGUAUGGGUAAAAGAAAGAUAUAGCACUUUUUUUUACAAAGCUAUAAGUGCGACAUACUGUCAUUAUAAUGUAUGAAGAUUUAAUUUUAAGUCGUUACAUCAAGAAAAUGAUCAGAUUCUUGGACAACCAAAAAAACUGGGCUGUGUUUAUCAGCCUUGAUUGUAAAGACUGUUUGCUCUUGAAGAAAGAGAGUUGUGUUUUCAGUAAAUAAGGUGUGUCUGUUGAAAAGCAUGACUGAACAUGACUGACUGCAAAAAGAAAAAUUGUAAUGUCAUUUUUAUACAAGAUGGACAAGACAUUGGGGGAAAAAAACAUUUGUGUUUGGAUUUUACAGGCAGAGAUGUGGUCAAGAGCUGUGUUCAGUGGUUUCUGUUUGUCGUCACUGCCCUCUCCUGUCCGUGUGCCGCCCUCCACGGCGGUACAGCAACUUUCACUGCCAGAGAUGCAGUUGAGUAGAGCCUCUCCUAUAGGCUGAACAGACCUCCUGUAUCACUGUGUUUAAAUGAGAACUCACGUAACAGCAAUAAUCUGUCAGUUUCAAAAGAAGUAGCUACUGUAUAUGCAUUUAAUUUCCCAAGGUUUCCUUUGGCGUUGUGGCGUUUUUCCUGCUUCAAUGCGUGCUGUGUUACAUGAGGCAGAUUCAACUGAAGUCUCAAAUGACUUCAUGUUUGUUGGCAUAAAGCUUUCUAACACUAAGUUCCAGUCAGUCAUUGGGAUUAAGAUGAUUUUAGUGACAUGAAAGCAGUUUGUGAGAAGUCCAGUCAGUCUCCUUUGUAUUAAAGUCAUGUCAAAUACGUAAAGUCAAAUACAGUUUUCCUCGCCGUGUGUUAAGUGCAGAGUUUUUCAACCUUGGGGUCGGGACCUCGCUUAUUUUGCAGCAACAAGAAAUUUUGAUGCCAGUUAGUAUAUUUAAAUUUGUUUCAUAUAUUUUUAUAGCUACUAUUAUUUUCAUUAUUUAUCAAUGAUGUGUUUAUCUUUUGAUUCAUUUUUUGGUAGAUACACAAAUGUCUGAAAAACUGCAGAUAGAACCAAGAAGUUGAUGUCCUCAAAUCAAUCGUUUAUCUGACCAACAACCCAAAAUCAAAGCAUAUUCAAUUUACACUGAUAUAAAACAAACAGUUCUUCCAUUUAAAGAAGCAGAAACCACAGAAUAUUUAGCAAUUUUGCUUGAUAAAUUAUAAAUCGAUUAUUAAUUAUUAUUACAAAUUGUUGUUGACUGGCUUUCUAUCAGUCAUUUCAGUACUAUAUAUUUGUACUAAUCAAAAUCAAAUAGGGGUCAAAUAUAUCAAAGUUUCUGUAUAAACCCAACAUUUUUAAACAUAUUUAAAACAUGCUUUCAUUGUGGGGUAUUGUGCCAGUAAAGGUUGAGAAACUCUCGUUACCAGAUGAUGGACUCAAAAAAACAUCUCAACCAUCUUGUCAUGACACAGUUUUAACUGUGUGGAAUUAUGUGACCUAGCACUGAGCUGUUGUGCCUUGGUACUUGUUUACUGUUAUGCUGAAAACUGAAAUAUUUGCAACUUAUCACAGUAGCAUUUAUCCGAGACUGGGACUAGACUGCCCUCUGUUGGCACUUGAUUGAGCUACAUUUACAGGCAAUAUUACUGACAGUCCCUGGUUGCUGACAUGAUGUGAUAACCUUAUCUGUAGUGUGUUUUAAUUUAUGAAGGCUUUAUUUUGUUUAAUGCACUUUAUUAUGAUUCAGAGAUAAAAAAAAAAAAAAAACCUCUCCAGUAUAACUGCUGGUGGAACAUACAGCAUGUUACGCUGUCUUCUUUAUUCAUCUUUCUCCAUUGUUAGAAGGAAUCGACCAAAGCUGAUGUCAGCGGGUGGAGACAAUACAGUCGAUCCAGUCAUCAAACCAAAAUCACUAUUUAAUACUGAUGCUGUUUUAUGUUAUGAAGUAGCACUGCUAAAAGAGGUAGCGAAUCACUGUGUUUUGGAGGGCGGGGCUGCUCAUCUCUACACCAACACUUCUGUGCUGUCGCAGGAUGCUGUUUCAGAUGAACCCUUUCAAAAUAUAAAAAAAACAAAACCUGCUGAGUUGCGUACAGUUUUUUUUUUUUCUUUUCCUCAUUUGCAUUUGAAAGACCUGGUGUAUUAUUUCCCUGAUGUAAUAUAUUGUGAAUUAUAUUAAAAGAUUUUAAACACACCCUGUUGUUUUUCUAUUUGUGUGAUGCUGGUUUGAAAGUCUGAUGAACCAUGAAAUGUAGAGUAUAGAAAUAUAUUUACAGUAAGCAUCUUCAGAACAGACAGGAUAUACAUACAAGUGGAAUGCACUUAUCACUGUGGGAAACAAAAGCACAAGAUGACAGAGAGCGAAGGUGAAUUCUUUCUAGAAAAUACAAUCCAGCUGCACUACAGUACUGAAGAAAACUGAAACACGGAUGCAGACAAUAGAAACACACAUUCAAGACAUUUCCGUAAGUGAAAAAAAAAAAAAAAAGGAAAACCAUACAUAUAUAUUCCAUGCAGUACAUAACAUUCUGACUAGUUUGCUCAUGGAUUUCUAGAGAAAGCUUCAUCGUCUAACAACAAAAAUAUUGAAAUGGCUCAACAGACAUAUUCAUGGCACUGUUGGAAAAAAUGACAAACAAGGAGCCGAACUAAUCACAGAGUAGCUUUCUAUCCUGUGAAGUGCACCCUUGUUGUUUCUUUGGCUCUACCUCUCCUGAAGUCUCAUUUAUAAAAUUUGGUGUUAGCACAGGUACAUGCUAAUGACCAACAUCCAAAUUAAGGCUUUUUUUUUUAAUGAAAGUCAAAAAUGAUCAAAAUCUGAUAAGAAUGCAAUAAUUAUUUCUGAUUUCUUGUUACUUUCUUUUUUUAUUCUAGAUUCCAUCAUCUGAUCGUUGCAUCAAAUAUUUUGUUCAUAAAUGAGGCUCCUGUAUCCGUUUUCUGACAAUAAUUCAGAGUCCUAACAAAUAUCACCGGGGGGGUCAAC